AUGGCCUGGCAGACUGUGCGCAAAGGCGGGGGGCGGGGCCAAGCCUCUCUGACCCAAUCAUUUCAUCCCACGUUCAGCCGGUCUCCACGGCGACGUGGAAUUCCCGCCCCCACUUCCGUUCCCUCAAGCGCUUGGGGAGCGCCAGAGGAAACCGGAAAUGAGCAGGUCAGAAGGCGGAGAAAAUGCCGAAAUGAAGGGGACGGGGCUUCCGGCCCCGCCCGGGAAGUGACGCGACAGUCGCGGCCUCAGGCAGGUAGAGCGGCCGGUGACUCCAAGUGCCAACGCGGCCCGAACCCGGCCCGGGCCCCGGGGCGGCCGCCGCUUCCGGGGACAGGCCCCCGGGGGCGGGCAGCGGGGGCAGUGAGCUUCCUGUCUGGAGAAAGGAGGCAGAGGUGCGAGUUCAUCAUCUCCGACGUGAACUGGACAAUUGGCCUUCGCGGCCAGCCCGUCCCAAACUUCGGAACCAUGUUUGCCGACAUGGAUUAUGACAUUGAGGAGGAUAAGCUUGGCAUCCCCACAGUUCCCGGGACUGUGACACUGCAGAAAGACCCACAGAAUCUGAUCGGGAUCAGCAUUGGGGGAGGGGCUUUGUACUGCCCCUGUCUCUACAUUGUCCAGGUAUUUGAUAACACCCCUGCGGCCAUCGAUGGCACUGUUGCGGCUGGCGAUGAGAUCACCGGUGUCAAUGGCAAAUCGGUCAAGGGCAAGACCAAGGUGGAGGUGGCCAAGAUGAUCCAGGUGGUAAAGGGAGAAGUGACGAUUCACUACAACAAACUCCAAGCCGACCCCAAGCAGGGCAAGUCCUUGGACAUUGUUUUGAAGAAGGUGAAACACCGGCUGGUGGAGAACAUGAGCUCGGGGACCGCGGAUGCGCUGGGCCUGAGCCGGGCCAUCCUGUGCAAUGAUGGUCUGGUGAAGAGGCUGGAAGAGCUGGAGCGGACGGCCGAGUUGUACAAAGGCAUGACCGAGCACACCAAGAGCCUCCUUCGAGCCUUCUUCGACUUGUCUCAGACGCACCGAGCCUUUGGAGACGUCUUUUCGGUGAUUGGAGUCCGUGAACCCCAGCCAGCAGCCAGCGAGGCCUUUGUGAAGUUUGCCGAAGCCCACCGCAACAUCGAGAAGUUUGGGAUCCGGCUUCUGAAAACCAUCAAACCCAUGCUGACAGACCUGAACACGUACCUCAACAAAGCCAUCCCUGACACCCGCCUCACCAUCAAGAAAUACCUAGAUGUGAAGUUUGAGUACCUGUCGUAUUGCCUGAAGGUGAAGGAGAUGGACGAUGAGGAAUACAGCUGCAUCGCCCUUGGGGAGCCCCUGUACCGCGUGAGCACCGGGAACUAUGAGUACCGCCUCAUUCUGCGGUGCCGCCAGGAGGCCCGGGCACGUUUCGCCAAAAUGAGGAAGGAUGUGCUGGAGAAGAUUGAGUUGUUGGACCAGAAACACGUCCAGGACAUUGUGUUCCAGCUGCAGCGCUUCGUCUCCACCAUGUCCAAGUACUAUGACGACUGCUACGCCGCAUUGCGGGAUGCGGACGUCUUCCCCAUCGAGGUGGACCUGGCCCGGACCACCCUGGCCUAUGGCCAGAAGGACCUCUACACAGAGGAGGAGGAGGAGGAGGGGGCGGCAGCCGCAGGGGAGCCCCAGGGGCCCCGAAGCUCCCAGGAGGAGAACGGCGAGAAGCUCAUAGACAUGCCUGAGUGACCUCCCACACCCCCAGGUGGGGAGGCCGGGAGGGGAGACAGGGACCUACUGCCCAAGGUGACUGAUAAAGACCCGCUGGUGUGGGGGCUGACAUCUCGUCUCUGCUCCUCUGUCCCAGGCCAGUUGGGGAGCCCAGCCUCAGGGACCCUCAGCCUGGCUGUGGCUUUCCCCUGGGCCCCUAGUCAUUACCCAUUCAAUGUCUCCUCCCCAGCUGGGGGGAGAAGGGAAGGAGAGAACAAGACCCUCCCCAAGGCUGAGGGUGGGCCUCCUGAGCUUCACUCAGGGAGGGGUCCCCCUUCUCCCUUCCCUAAUCUGGCCACUCCCCCUCCCAGUUUCUAAUCUUGGCAGGACUGGGGGAGGAGGUGGAGGCUAGACCCUGCCCUGCCCCACCCCCCAAACUGCCAGGGGCCAGGGCUGCUUCCCCCCCUGCUUGCUCCUUGGCCCCUAAAGCCAGCAGGGAGGGUGGGGGAGGCAGCCUCACUUAGUUUUCCCCCACUACUCUUUGAAACUGGAUCUCCUCUAAAGUGGGCCAGCCCCCCUUCCCCCAAGGUUCUACUGUGGUAUGGGGAUGACCAGACCUCACACUCAGGGGUGUCCCUUAUUUAUGAAGCUCUCCCUGCCCCUCUGCUUGUGCUCUGGGGCUCUGGUGCCUUGGGCUGGGGCUAGGGGAGGGGUGCGGGGAGGGGAGCAGGCUUGGGAAUCCUGUACUUUAAUAAAGAGAAAGCUGGAUUAUGCCUUUUCAGUGACUGCCCCUUCUGGGUUAAGUGAGGGAAGCGGGGAAACUCGAGGCCUCAGGUGCACCCUUAACUGACCUGGUCCCUGCCCUGCUUCCUUCCACACUACUCUCCCACAUCUCCAGCUCUAGACUAGUCCGCCCACAGGGCCACUCUCCCCAGCCCUGUCUCCUCCCUGGCCACACCUGCUGUCUCCUUCCAGAUUGGAGUUUUUGUCAGGGCCCCACCUGCUGACAACACCCAGAACGGCAGCAUUCCCACUCCCGCCUCCCUCACCCCCAGGGGCCAGGCCAUGCCUCUUAAAAAAAAUUAUCAAUGCCUUUUAUUUUUUGUAUAUCAUACCUCCCUUGUGCAUCUCCCCUACCCAUGGAGUUUAGUAAAGCCAGCACUCUGACUGUUUGACAGCAGAUGCAGUCCUCCCCAUCCACAGUGCUCCUCACUCAUCUUUGGGGAAGGAGGGGGGCACAUUUUCUCCACUCUCAGGACCAAGCAUGCCUGUUACUUCUGUUUUUAAAUUUAAAAAAAAUUUUGUCAAUGUGUCUUGUUAUAUUACAUAGUUUCCCUAGCAUCCCUUCGCUCCCAGAGAGCCGUUCUUUCUGGCAAACAGAACUUUUUAGAGAAAAAGAAGAGGCAAAAGAGUAAUUAGUCUGAAAAAUCUGCCCUACCUGCGGGUCCCCCACCUCCACACCACACCAGGGUCUUUUCCGCUCUUAUUUAUAACUUUGCAGUGUUCACUUUUGAUUUUUUUUUGGUGAUUCUUUCCAUUUACAUUAUUGUAUUCACAGCGUAGAUUGUUCUCUUGGCUCUGCUAACUUCCCUUCUAUGUCAGUUAAUUUAGAUCUUCCUAGGCUUCUCGGUAUUCAUCACCCACAUUUCUUAUGAUGCAGUUAUGUUCUAUUGUAUUUAUUUAACACCAUUUGUCUUGCCAUUGCCUAGUUGAAGGACAUUUACUUUGUUUCCAAUUCUUAGCUGUCACAAAAAGUGCUGCUAUAAAUAUCUGGGUGUGUACGGGGGGACUUUCCCCCUAAUGACCUCCUUAGGGCAUAAACCUAGGAAUGGAAUCUCGGGGUCAAAGGGUGUGCACAUUCUAGUUACUUGCAUAAUUCUCACAUAAUUCAGAAAUGAUUUUCCAAAAUGGUGCUGAUCCACAGCUCCACCAGCAGUGUGUAACCCUCAGCCUGGACUGUUCCCAUCUUCCAU